AUGUCCAACCGCCGGGUCAAGUCUUUGGCAAUUGACGAGGACGAUUACGACGACUUUGAGGACUAUGAUGAUGACGACGACGAGGAUCUUUCUCCGGAAGACAAGGAACAGUUGCGUCAAGGUACCAUUAAAGUUCGUGAGGCUCUAGGGUCGGCAUUUCCAUCUACGGACAAGGAGAUCCACGAAUCCCUCUGGCACUACUACUACGACGUGGGCAAGACUGUCACCUACCUGAAAAGUACGGCUUCCAACACUGAAGCUUUCAUUCAUUUGCUUACCCAGUCAGGUCAGCACAAGUCCCCUGGUACGCCCGCGAAGACCAAAAAGGAGGAGCCAACGAGUAAGCUUUCCACUUCGUAUUGCCCUACAGCACUGCCUCGUACGUACCAGACAGAUCGUGGUGGUCAUGAUGGCUUGCAAGCGACAAUUUCUCACAAGAAUGCUGAUGGGGACCAAGAGUUCACCAGCUCUACCAUCCCCUCAAUCCAAUUCUCAGCUGCAGAAUUCUUUAAAGACUGUCCUUGGCUGCGGAUUCCUGAGAACCGCAAAGCUGAAAUUCUUAUCGAGCCCCUCUAUCCCCGCCUAGGUCUUCUUGGAGGUGCUUCAACCGGGGGCAAGAUGUCCAAACUUGCUGCUCUGGCCGCCAAAAGAAGACAGAAGGAGGGCGAGCGCAGCGAGUCAACUGCUACAAGCAGUGCUGAGUCACAGGAUGGCUAUACGGCCCGCUUGAACAAACUCCGGAUAAGCGUAGACAACAGAGCCAAGCCCGUUGCCGGUAGAGAGGCAGACACCCCAAGAAAGACAGGCGUCGGCGUUAGGCCCGAUUCUGAAGUCACCGAACAACUCAAUGAACAGCACAGGUCCGAGCCAUCCAGCGAUGUGGGAACAGUGGUGUCUUCUGAUCUGUCGAUUUCAGUAGAGCCAUGCAUAAGAGGCCGACCAUCACCUUUUGCCAGCAUCAUGACCAGCCACGACGCUGACAUCCGUCUCUCAGCAUCACCUGAUCUGCUUGCUCUUGGAGAAAUUGCUAAAUCAUUCGACUUUACAGAACCAAGUCCCGACGAUGUCGUGAGGGGCGCACAGAAUCCAAAAGCGGCGACGCCGGCCAAAGCGAAAGCGAAGGAACCAGCGAAAGCGAAAUCCACCGGCUUGGCCCAGGGCGUGCAACAAUUAUCCGUCCAGGAGACUCCCAAGGUUAAGAGCAAGAACAUUGAUGUGCUUGCAGAAUAUAAGAAGGUCAAGAGGAAAAAGGCCGCAAAUUUUGUCGUCAUUGGCCAUGUUGACGCCGGGAAAAGCACCCUAAUGGGGAGACUUUUGUUUGACUUAAAAGCUGUCGAUGAACGGACGAUGGACAAGUAUCGGAAGGAGGCAGAACGCAUCGGCAAAGGAUCGUUCGCGUUUGCCUGGGUAUUGGAUCAAGGUACGGAAGAAAGGGAGAGAGGGGUGACCAUAGACAUCGCCACCAACAAAUUCGAAACGGACAAGACCAACUUUACCAUUCUCGACGCGCCCGGCCAUCGCGACUUUGUGCCCAACAUGAUUGCUGGAGCAAGUCAGGCAGACUUUGCGGUUCUCGUCAUAGAUGCUUCGACCGGCAACUUUGAAUCUGGACUCAAGGGUCAGACUAAGGAGCAUGCUCUGCUGGUGCGGUCUAUCGGUGUGCAACGAAUCAUAGUUGCCGUUAACAAGAUGGACGCGGUCGACUGGUCUCAAGGCCGGUUUGAAGAGAUCAGUCAACAAAUGUCGGCGUUUUUGACCAGCGCGGGCUUCCAGUCCAAGAACGUCACUUUUGUUCCCUGCUCAGGUUUGGAGGGUGGGAACAUCCUUGAAAAGCCUUCGAAUCCAAAGGCAUCCUGGUAUGCUGGGCCAACGCUGGUCGAAGAACUGGAUCAAUCAGAACCGUCAACCUAUGCACUUGACAAACCUUUGAGGAUGACCAUCAACGAUGUAUUCAGAGGCAGCAUGCAGAAUCCUCUGUCCGUAUCGGGACGAAUUGAGGCUGGCAAUGUCCAGGUCGGCGAGCAUGUGGUUGUCAUGCCUAGUGGCGAAAGAGCACAGAUCCGAAGCCUGGAGGUCGACGACGAACCCCAGGACUGGGCCGUGGCAGGGCAGAACGUGGUGAUUAACUUGACAGAUAUCGACCCCAUUCACCUGAAGACUGGAGACGUCUUGUGCAGUGGUGUUUCACCGAUCCUGAACGUUCGGGAAUUCAAAGCCAAGGUUCUAGCUUUUGACCACAUCACUCCUAUGAACAUCGAGGUACAUAAAGGCCGUCUUCAUGUUCCAGGUCGAAUCGGCCAGCUUAUCGGACUAUUGGACAAAUCAACGGGCACGAUUCUCAAGAAGAAGCCAAAGAUUGUUCAACCAGGAAGUGUCGUUCGAGUUGUGGUGCAAUUGGACCAACCUGUACCUCUGGAAGCUCCGUCCCGGGUUAUCCUACGAGCGAACGGAGAGACAGUCGCAGCCGGGCUCUUGGAAUGA